GAGCCACUCCUCAGUGUGGAUCUUCCAGCAGGCAGAUCCAUGGCUGGCAGGACUCUGCUAUCUGGUCGCCAGGAAGAGGAGACUACCAAAGACCUGGCUCUGAAAUUACCACCAGGGAAGUCUGGAGGUCACCUGCCCAGCAUUGAUGAGACCCGACCUGUAGGCCCAGGCCCAGCCUCCCGUCGUGGCUCCCUGCUGAGCCUACACCCAUCCUUUUCACGCCGCAACUCACUGGCAGGACCCCUAGUAGGUACUGGAGGUCGACGACCAUCCCUGGGCCCAAUGCCCCCUUUUGGUUCACGAGUUAGCUUUUCUGGGCUACCUCUGGUGCCUGCCCGUAGGAUGGCACCCUCAUACCGCACAGAACCAGCGCCGGGGGAGCGCUGGGAAGCUGCAAGCGCUCAGUGUGUCCUGGAGGCAGCACUGCACGCAGGGCUGAGCAAUGUGUGCUACUCAGGUAGUGAGGCGGGGAAACUGGCACAGGCGCUGUGUGAACAGAUACGCAUGCGUGUGCGGGAGCUCUGCCUACCCCGCUACAAACUGGUAUGCAGUGUGGUGCUGGGGCCACGCGAGAAACAGGGCGUGCACGUGGUCAGCCGCGCACUGUGGGAUGCUGUGCACGAUGGAUUGGCCUCUGCUACCUUCACCAACACUUCACUGUUUGCCGUGGCUACUGUCCACGCGGUCUACUGGGAAUGA